CAGUGGGCGCUGCGACUGCGGAGCGGCCACGGCGGCUGAGGAGACGUGUGGCGGUGGCGUCUGCGCUCGCAACCAUGAAGUUGAAGGAGGCAAAAUCCAAAUCAAAGGGACCAAACAGUGGCAAGUUUCGGACCAAAGGGAUCAAAGUUGUGGGGACAUGGAAGGAGGUGAAGAUCGACCCGAAUGUGUUUGCGGAUGGCCAGAUGGAUGACUUGGUCUGCUUCGAGGAGCUGACAGAUUACCAGCUGGUCUCCCCAGCCAAGCACUCCUCCCGCCUCUUUGCAAAGGAAAAGCCCAAGAAGAGGAAGGUGCAGGCCGUUUCAGAAGGCGAGGGGCCAGGGGAAUGUAGCUCCUCAAAGAAAAAGAUGAAGAGGAAAGAUGUGGAAACGGAAGGAACUAGUGGGGGGGAAGAGUUGAAAGACAGCGAGGCUGAACCCGAGCCUCUCGAAGAUGCAACUGUUAGUGCUGAGCCACAGGCAGAGAAGGUGGCGUUAGCACGGACUGUUCCAAAAAAGAAGAAAAAGAAAGGGAAAAAGACAUUGCCUUGCCAGGGUACUACCCCGAAAGUGCCUAAAAAAGCAAAGACUUGGAUGCCAGAAACACAGGACCAAAAGGCUGAUGUGUCAGCGUGGAAGGAUCUGUUUGUACCCAGGCCAGUUCUCCGAGCACUCAGCUUUCUAGGCUUCUCUGCACCUACACCCAUCCAAGCUCUGACCUUGGUGCCGGCCAUCCGGGACAGACUGGACAUCCUGGGGGCUGCUGAGACAGGAAGCGGGAAAACUCUGGCCUUUGCCAUUCCAAUGAUUCACAUAGUGCUGCAGUGGCAGGCGAAGAAGAGGCCUACUCCAUCUCCUAGAAACAGCGGACCGCCGCCCCCUGGAGUGCCGGAAAGCAAAGCUGGGGCUGAGACUGAAUCACAGAGCAAGUCUGGCCCUGACUCUGGAGCUUUGCCCGACGAGUCUGGAAUGGAGAGCGAAGCACAACCUCGCAAAGCCGUGGUGAAGGCCGCAGCAGCACCCAGCAAGGCUGAAGCGGAGCCCGCAGCCCCGGGCUCAGAGCAGGUGCCGCCCGUCUGCGAUGAUGACGCUGGGGAAGGGCCUUCCUCCCUGAUCAAGGAGAAGCCUUUCCCCGAACAGGACGAGGAUGGAGAGGAAAAGCCUGGCGAAGAGCAGACUGAAAUGUUAAAACAGGAGUUCGGUGGGAAAAGUGCCCCUUACAGACCGCGUCCGAAGUGUCCUCUCCUUGGAUUGGUUUUGACUCCCACUCGAGAGCUGGCUGUCCAGGUCAAACAGCACAUUGACGCUGUGGCAAAGUUUACAGGAAUUAAGACUGCUAUCUUGGUUGGUGGUAUGUCCACACAGAAACAGCAGAGGAUGCUGAACUUCAGGCCUGAGAUUGUGGUCGCCACCCCCGGCCGGCUGUGGGAACUGGUGAAAGAAAGACACCCGCAUUUGAGUAACCUUCGGCAGCUCAGGUGCUUGGUGAUCGACGAGGCUGACCGGAUGGUUGAGAAAGGUCACUUCGCUGAGCUUUCAAAGCUUCUGGAAAUGCUCAGUGACUCCCAGUACAACCCGAAGAGACAAACGCUUGUUUUUUCUGCCACACUGACCCUAACACAUCAAGCUCCCGCUCGAAUUCUUCAUAAGAAACAUAUGAAGAAAAUGGACAAAACGGCCAAACUUGACCUCCUCAUGCAGAAAAUUGGCAUGAGGGGCAAGCCCAAGGUCAUUGACCUCACAAGGAAUGAGGCCACGGUGGAGACACUGACAGAAACCAAGAUCCAUUGUGAGACUGAUGAAAAAGACUAUUACCUGUACUACUUCCUGAUGCAGUAUCCAGGCCGCACCUUGGUGUUCGCCAACAGUAUCUCCUGCAUCAAACGCCUCUCUGGGCUCCUCAAAGUCCUAGAUAUCAUGCCUCUUACCCUCCACGCCUGCAUGCACCAGAAGCAGAGACUCAGAAACCUGGAGCAGUUUGCCCGUCUGGAAGACUGUGUUCUCCUGGCAACAGACGUGGCUGCUCGUGGUUUGGAUAUUCCUAAAGUCCAGCACGUCAUCCAUUACCAGGUCCCGCGCACCUCUGAGAUUUAUGUCCACCGAAGUGGUCGAACUGCUCGUGCCACCAAUGAAGGCCUCAGCUUAAUGCUGAUUGGGCCUGAAGACGUGAUCAACUUUAAGAAGAUUUACAAAACCCUCAAGAAAGAUGAGGACAUCCCAUUGUUCCCUGUGGAGACAAAGUACUUGGAUGCAGUUAAGAGUCGAAUUCAUCUAGGUCGACAGAUUGAGAAAGCUGAGUAUCGGAACUUCCAGGCUUGUCUGCACAACUCUUGGAUUGAGCAGGCGGCAGCUGCCCUUGAGAUUGAGCUCGACGAGGACAUGUAUAAGGGAGGAAAGGCUGACCAGCAAGAAGAGCGUCGGAGACAGAAGCAGAUCAAAGUCCUGAAGAAGGAGCUGCGCCACUUACUCUCCCAGCCCCUGUUUAAAGAUGAGCUGAAAACCAAGUAUCCGACUCAGUCUGGCAAGCCACCCGUGCUCGUGUCUGCCCCCCGAAAUGGUGAGUCUGCUUUGAGCUGCCUCUCCAAACAGAAGAAAAAGAAGCCGCCACCCCCAAGGGUACAGCCUCAGGAUCAGCCUCAGCCAAGUACAAGUGCAAAUUAACUGGCCCCAGGUCAGCCUGUUCAUCCAUUUCUCUGGUGAUAGGGAAAACCUCCUUCCCACUUGCCUUGCACUCCACUAUCUUGGUUUUAAAGAAACGUCCUCUCUCCCAUGCUCCUGUCCGUAGUGGGCAGAUUUGUGGUGUGUUUGGAGUAAGAGUUCUCUGUAGUGGCAAGUAUUUCUGUGUUUCAGUGUUUACAGCUACUUGUAUGUUCGAGUCAAUUUCCACAAUAAAAAAAAUAGUUAGACCUGG